AUGCUCCCUGUCAAUAGCACCACCUCCUUCUCCUCCACCUUCCUGGUGACUGGCAUUCCUGGGCUGGAGGCUGUGCACAUCUGGAUCUCCAUACCCUUCUGUGCCAUCUUCCUCAUUACCUUGGUGGGUAACGUGACCAUCAUGACAGUUAUCUGGAGGGAGCAGACCCUCCAUGUGCCUAUGUACCUCUUCCUGGCCAUGCUAGCUGCCUCUGAUCUGGGCCUGUCCCUCUUCACCUUCCCCACAAUGCUGAAGAUCUUCUGGCUGGAUGCUCGAGAGGUGACCUUUCCUGCUUGCUUCACCCAAAUGUUCUUUAUUCACACCUUUCAGGAUUUUGAGUCUGCUGUUAUUCUGGCCAUGGCCUUUGAUCGCUAUGUGGCCAUUUCUCAUCCACUACACUAUUCUUCCAUCCUCACCAAUAGUGUGAUCGCCAGGAUAGGUUUCACCAUUGUUUCACGAACCUUUGCUGUACAGGUGCCCCUCCCCAUCCUUUUGAGGAGGCUGUGCUUCUGUCGCUCCAAUGUACUUUCUCAUUCCUACUGCCUGCAUCCUGACAUUUUAAGGCUCUCCUGCUCCAACACUAGGAUCAAUAGUAUCUUUGGACUGUUUGUGGUGCUAUCCACUAUGGGACUUGAUUUUCUCCUCAUUAUUCUUUCUUAUGUGUUGAUUUUGAAAACUGUAUUAAGCAUUGCUUCCCAUGGUGGCCGGCUCAAGGCCCUCAACACUUGCAUCUCCCACAUCUCUGCUGUGGUUGUCUUCUUCACACCCAUGAUCUGCCUGUCUAUGCUGCACCGCUUUGGCCCAAGACUUCCCUCACACGUCUAUGUGACCUUGGCCAACAUGCACUUCUUCAUCCCUCCUGUGAUGAACCCCAUUGUAUAUGUGGUGAAAACCAGGCAGAUCCAAGACAAAAUUCUGAAGCUCUUCAUCAAAAAAAGAGAAGAAUCCCAAAUAACAUUUAUAACAUAA